AUGGAUAUACACACGACUGCAAACUUGGCGGUUGACGAUGAGCAGCUGAAGCAUCAACAGAUCAAAACGCUCGUUCUCGUCGAGCGUAUUGGUGGCACUCUCAGCCUGGUUUCAGUUAUGCUCAUUUUCCUCGCUUACUGGCUGGUGCGGCGCGUACACAACGUGCAGAACACCUUCAUUGUCUUUGCCAGUGUGUCAAAUAUCGGAGCCAGCAUUGGAACCAUCAUCGCCUACGACGGCAUGAACGCUGGACAAGCAUCAGCUCUGUGCCAGGCCCAGAGCUUCAUGUUUGAGAUGUUCAUGCAAUCUGAUCCCUGGUGGUCUUUGGCCAUGGCUAUCAACGUCUUCCUCGUCUUCUACUUUCACACAAACCCUGAUUCUUUCCGCAAGCGUUGGUGGAUCUACUGCCUAAUUUGUUACGGAGGACCUUUCGUCAUUGCCCUCACUCUCCUGCUCCUCAGAAGCCCACGUGGGCUCGUGUACGGUGGAGCUACGAUCUGGUGUUGGGUCGAUCGCGAAUGGGACUUUAUUCGAAUUUAUACAUACUACAUGUUAAUCUGGAUAUGUAUCGUCGGCUCCAUACUCUGCUACUUCCUGGUCGGCUGGCAUGUUUUCCGCAUGAGAAACCGCUUGCGCAGCUUUUCCACUUCGAGAAAUCGUGAUAAAGACAAGGAAGCGGAUGCCGGCCAAGCAGAAAGUGGCUGUUACGGCACCGUCACUACCGAAGUUCAAGUGACGCAUACUCCUGCCAGCUCUAUGCCUAUGGAGCCUCAGCCUACUCGUAUCAACCGAAAUGCUGCUCGCGUUGCUUUUGACAGCUCAGAGCCUGAAAUAUUGCCUGCCGUGGAUAACCAGUAUUUUUCUUCCGUCACAACCUCCGCGCCGCCAGUAACUACGCCUAAAUCUUCUUUUUUUCGCCGCUUUUUUUCGGCUGUCCAUGAUAUUGGUAGCAAGUUUCAUAUUAGCGAUCCCAUCAAGAGAGCGUAUCUGCGAACAAGUUUCUUAUUUGCGCUCAGCGUCUUGGUUACAUGGAUACCCAGCAGCCUGAAUCGUAUUCACGGCUGGCUUGAUGGAGGCUCGCCAUAUGAAUUCCAUGUCGCAACAGCAGCAGUCUUGCCGCUGCAAGGAUUAUGGAACGGCAUUAUUUUCUUCGUCACCAGUUGGCACGGAAUAAAGGCGUGGGCCUUGGAGACGUUCAAUAGCAGAUCUCCAAUCAUCGAGCGCAAGAGAACAGAUGAUCUUGUAAUGAAUGAGCGAAUCACCAGUCCACCAGGACGAUGUGACUCCUCUCUCGACGAUGAUUAUUCCGAGACUAUGAGGAGCGAUGUUGAGCUACGACGCGUAGCUAAUUCGGAAAUCAAGAUGGCGAACAGUCUAUGA